AGGUAGAAUUUUGAACUAAUCUCCUUCUCACAACUUCGAAACUUCUAACUUCGCUUCGAAAGAUCCCACUUCUUUAUGAACUAGCAUUAUGCAUCAUCUGAUGGUUCCAUCGACACUUCUUCUCCUUCUCGCUUCAUAUAUUUACGCACAGUUAAAUGAAACGGAAACGAUUGACGCCGAAAAUAGCACAGAAAUCGUUACCACAGCGGAAAUUGACACCGCGAAUAGCACAGAAAUCGUUACUACAAUGGAAAGUGACGCGGGAAAUGGGACAGAGACCGUCUCCACGGAGGAAUCGAGCCAGGCAACUUCCAGCAAUGGCACUUUAAAGCUUGAUCAAAUCGAUGAUGGGAAAUGUGGUCAGCAUGAAGUAUGGAAAGAGUGUUCCGGAUGUGAAUCAUCCUGUGAACAGAUGAAAGUUAUCUGCGACGACAGCUGCGGCGAGCCGAAAUGUCAGUGCGAUGUUGGUUACUUCAGAUAUGCUCCAAGAAAAUGUAUUACUUACUGGGAAUGCAAAAACGGAGUCAUCGAACUGUGACUGCUCUUGUCGAUAUAUUUGAAAGUGGUGCCAGUUCCUUUAUUUUUAUAACUACGGUUUCAAAUAUCGAAUGUGUUUUUAUUAAGUAUUGUGUAUCUUCACUCUCCAUCGUAGCCUUAGGUGAUGACCCUAAGCACGUAUUUGCUAAUAAACUUUCAUCUAAGGUGAUUAAUAAAGAGC